GCUGCGGGCGUGGCGGAAGUGCCGGCCGGGAAGCUGGAGAGCGGCCGUCCUGACGAGCCUCUCGCCCCGCCCCGUUCGAUCAGGCUGGGGAGCUGUCAGUCAUGGCGCUGUCCUCGCGGCUGUGGCGCCUUCUCCCUCUGCGGCGCGGAGCCACCCAGAGCUUCCGUCAGCCGGCGAGGACCUGGGGCAGCCGGGGACACUGUGGCUCCGAGGUGAUAAGAAACACUCGACCUUUCAAGAGAGGCCUUUUGUUCUCAGCCUUGUCUUUUUUGGGUUUUGAAACCUACCAAGUCAUUUCUCAGGCUGCCGUGGUUCAUGCCACAGCCAAAGUUGAAGAAAUACUUGAGCAAGCGGACUACCUAUAUGAAAGUGGAGAAACAGAGAAGCUUUAUCAGUUGCUCACACAGUACAAGGAAAGUGAGGAUGCAGAAUUACUGUGGCGUUUGGCACGAGCAUCACGUGACAUAGCACAGCUGAGUAGGACUUCAGAAGAAGAAAAAAAAGUUUUGGUGUAUGAAGCUCUAGAGUAUGCAAAAAGAGCACUAGAGAAAAACGAGUCAAGUUUUGCUGCUCACAAGUGGUAUGCCAUCUGCAUCAGUGAUGUUGGAGACUAUGAAGGCAUCAAGGCUAAGAUUGCAAAUGCCUACAUUAUCAAGGAACAUUUUCAGAAAGCAAUUGAGCUGAACCCUAAAGAUGCUACUUCAAUUCACCUUAUGGGUAUUUGGUGCUAUACAUUUGCUGAAAUGCCUUGGUAUCAAAGAAGAAUUGCUAAAGUGCUGUUUGCAAAUCCUCCUACUUCCACCUAUGAGGAGGCCUUGAAGUACUUCCACAGGGCAGAACAAGUGGAUCCAAACUUCUACAGCAAAAACUUGCUGCUGUUAGGAAAGACAUACUUGAAACUAAACAACAAAAAGCUUGCUGCUUUCUGGCUGGUAAAAGCCAAGGGUUAUCCAGCACACACAGAGGAAGAUAAACAGAUACAGACAGAAGCUGCUCAGUUGCUUACAGGUUUGUGACAAGAACUGAGAACUUUUUGGAGAAGGCAACAAUCUACCUAACACUUUGUAUUUCAUUGAUUUAUAAAGAUGAUACAUUAACCAUAAUGAUUCUAUGGCUCCCCCCAGUUCUUUGAUGUUUAACCAUUUUUCAGAAUAAAUGGACAAAAUUCUGGGUUUCUUCACAAUUGAAAGUGUAAAAGAAACUGUCUCUUUACCUACGAGUGGCAGCAGUACAUUUCCCUGGUUCAGACAAACAUUUUCAAUUUGGAACACCAACAGGAAAAAAUGAUACAGGAUAUGUAAGUAUUCAUCACACCAGGAUGAGAGGUUUCCAAAAGAAGGCUUUCUAAACAGAUGGCAUAUGAGGGAAUGGUUUGCAUCUUGUAACUGACUGAAAGUUGCUGUCUUGGAGAAAAGGUAAAGUGAAAGGUGUUUAUGAUGUUGAGGGCUCCUGGCAUACAGAACUUAAGUGAUAUGUCUUAGAAAGCCAACCUGAAUAAGGAAAAAUAGUAUGGAACAAUUUGCCUUUUGAAAUGUGUUAUAACUUCAUAGAUGGGUUGAAUUUGUCACUUGGCAAACUGUUAUCCUUUAUAGAAUAUUGGGUCACAGAUCUCAGGGUGAGAAGGAAAUAGAGUAUUCAACAGGCAAAGUACUAUUAUCACUUGAGUCUAAGGCGCCACCACAGCAGACUUACAUGUUGUAACAAUUGAAGCUUGGAUGCCACUUCACUUACACAGAAUGAAUGUGAGACUGUAUUCGUAUACCCCCUCCCCAAAGACAUGAGAAUUGUAAUGUUUUAAUAAAUUACAGCAAAAUGUG